AUGUCAGCCGCUGGCACCCGGGGCCUGCGGGCCACCUACCACUGGGUACUUGAUAAAGUGGAACUCCUGCUGCCUGAGAAAUUGAGGCCGUUGUACAACCAACCGGCAGGUCCCAGUACAGUAUUUUUCUGGGCUCCAAUUAUGAAAUGGGGGUUGGUGUGUGCUGGAUUGGCUGACAUGGUCAGACCUGCAGAAAAACUCAGCACAGCCCAAUCUGCUGUUUUGAUGGCUACAAGGUUUAUUUGGUCAAGAUACUCACUUGUAAUUAUUCCCCAAAACUGGAGUCUGUUUGCUGUUAAUUUCUUUGUUGGGACAGCAGGAGCCUCUCAGCUCUUUCUUAUUUGCAGAUAUAACCAAGGAUUAAAAGCUAAAGCAAACAAAGAGUUCUGA